UAGACCUUACCUUCACAGUGAGGGAAGUAUCUUAUAAUUCGAUAUUCUCAUCCCUUCGCACCAACCUUCCAAAUGGCCUAACUUUCUUACUAAUAACUAUAUUCCUCAACAAUGACGCUCUCUCUUACUUUGUACCAAUUCUACUCCAUCUCUAUAUAAAUCCCUCUUAAUGUCUAAUUAUGUUCCAUACAAAAAGCCAAAUCUCAUUUCAAAAAAUGGCCCUAACUUCAACUAUCAUAUCUCCACGAAAAUUUAGACAGGAUGUCUACUCAUAUUCAUACCAACAAAGUUCAAACAUCCCUUUAGUCAUUUCUGUUCUUGCUUCUAUCAUAGAGAGAACAUUGUCUAGGAAUGAAAGAAUUGCUAAAAACUGCAGAUUUCCUUUGUCAUCAAGAUCUGCUAAAACCCGAGUUUUCGACUGUAAUGAGACACCAGAUAUGACAAUUCAAUCCUACCUUGAGAGGAUUUUCAGAUACACUAGAGCUGGACCAUCUGUUUAUGUUGUUGCAUAUGUUUAUAUUGAUAGGUUUUGCCAGUUUUAUCCCGAGUUUCGAAUUGGUGUUAGGAAUGUGCAUAGGUUGCUCAUUACAACAAUAAUGUUGGCCUCCAAAUAUAUAGAAGACUUGAAUUACAGAAAUUCUUAUUUCGCUCGAGUAGGGGGAUUAAAAACAAAGGAAAUGAACAAGUUAGAGGUUGAAUUUUUGUUCUUGAUGAAAUUCAAGUUGCACGUGAAUGUAAGUGUUUUCGAGAGUUACUGCUGCCAUUUGGAGAGGGAAGUGAGCAUUGGAGGAGGUUACCACAUUGAGAGGACCUUAAGGUGUGCAGAAGAAAUCAAAAUAAAGCAAAGAGAAGAAACAAGAUUUGAUCAGACUGCCCUUUUUUUGCUGUAAAUUAGUAUAGAUUAAUGCAACAUCAUACGCAAAUUGUAUAAAAGAUUUUUUGGGUUUUGACUUUUGGUUUUUUCUUUCUACAAAAUCAUUUUGGCUAUA